AUGAAUGGGAAUAUGGACCAGUAUCACGUUUUUCGAGUGUUCCAACAGAACUUUAUAGUAGAUAAACGGUUCCAGCUCAUUAAGGGCUUAGGCCAAGGUGCCUAUGGUAUCGUCUGUUCUGCCAAGUAUCUGGAUGGUGAAGAGGGAGAAGACAAGGUAGCCAUCAAGAAGAUCACAAACAUAUUCAGUAAGAAGAUUCUCUGCAAACGAGCUCUUAGGGAAAUCAAGUUACUUCAUCAUUUCAGAGGCCAUAAGAACAUUACCUGUCUUUAUGAUUUGGACGUGGUGCCGGAUGCCAACGGUAAUUUCAACGAAAUUUACCUAUAUGAGGAGUUGAUGGAAUGUGACAUGCAUCAAAUUAUUCGUUCUGGUCAGCCUCUAACUGAUGCUCAUUAUCAAUCAUUUGUCUACCAGAUACUCUGUGGUCUAAAGUACAUACAUUCAGCAGAUGUUCUUCAUCGAGAUUUGAAGCCUGGAAAUCUUCUUGUGAAUGCCGACUGUGAGUUGAAGAUCUGCGACUUUGGUUUGGCCCGUGGUUAUUCCAGCGAUCCUGCAAAGAACAAUGGUUUUAUGACCGAGUAUGUGGCCACUAGAUGGUAUCGUGCACCAGAGAUCAUUCUUAGUUUCCAAGGUUACACUAAAGCCAUAGACAUGUGGUCUGUUGGCUGUGUUCUUGCCGAACUACUUGGAGGUGCCACUAUUUUUAAAGGAAAGGACUACGUUGACCAAUUAAAUCAGGUUCUACGUGUUCUAGGUACUCCUGACGAGAAAACUGUCGAGAGUAUCAAAUCUCCUAGAGCUAGGGCCUACAUAAGAUCGCUUCCUUAUAUGCCUAGAAUUCCCUUUGAGACUCUGUAUCCGAAUGCAUCUCCCUUGGCUUUGGAUCUUCUGGGAAAGAUGCUUACUUUAGAUCCUCAGCAGAGAAUAUCUGUCGACCAAGCUCUGGAGCAUCCUUAUUUGGAAGUUUGGCAUGAUCCUAAUGAUGAGCCUGUUUGCCCUCGUAAAUUUGAUUUUUCCUUUGAAGAAGUCGACGAUCUGCAAAGAAUGAAGAAGAUUAUUGUUGACGAAGUCGCCAGUUUUAGAGAGUAUGUUCGUAAGCCACUUGAAGAGCAAGAGAGAAUUUACCAGGAGGAGCAAGAAGAGCAGCACCAAAAGCAGCAAGAAGAGAAAAGACAGCAACAGCAGUUUCAGCAACAACAACAAAAUCAAUCUCCAGGACUACCACAACAGUUCCAAUCGCCUGAACAGUACGAUCAGUCACAGUUCGAGUAUCUUCAAUCUCCAUCGCAUCCUUCCAUGGUCAGUUCCUUGCAAACCCCUACGGAUAUCAGCCGAAAUGACACUGAUAUGCCACCAAGACCCGAAGAAGUUACCGAUAAUGGUCAAAUGGACCUUGAGCAUGAGUUGGUUUACGGAGCAGAUAGAUAUAACUGA